AUGUUGGGUGCCCCGACCAUGUUUCGGGCAGCUGUCAUGAGUGCGUCGAGGGGUAGCGGGCCUUGUAUGCAUCCCUUCCAAUCAGUUCGCGUGCCAAUGUUACAUUUGACAUGUAGGCUUAUGGUGGGUUCCCGAAGCAACGUGCGUAUGUUGCAACCUCAAGCCCCUUGUGCACGAAGCUAUUCUACGAUGCCUCAGCCUCAGCCAUCGCCGGAUAAAAAUAUCUCACAUGCUUCACGGUUAGGGGAUCAGCGGCAGGAAGAAUCAAAGCACGAAAAAAAAGCGCCUCGUAAAUCUAUAUUUCAACGAUUUCGCACAAUAAUGAAGGAAUAUGGAUGGUGGGCUCUUGGAGUGUACACGUUCAUAUCCGGCAUCGACCUUUCGUUGACGUUCGCUGCGAUCCACUUUUUUGGAGGCGAGCAUGUCGAGGAAAUCGAAGCUCUCCUUUUUAAAUACAUUGGCCCGAUCGUCAAGAAACUAAAGAAAGAGGACGAUCAGCCCAAGGAAAACGCUAUGGUCACAUACAUUAAGAGCUGGUUCAGCUCUGAGGAGAAUGCAUACGAAGUGGAACAUCUCAUUGCACGGCUCUCGGGCGAGUUCGUUCUUGCCUUCACCAUACAUAAGACGCUCAUGUUACCAUUUCGUUCUGGAUUGACAGUGCUGGUCACACCCAGCUUCGUACGGUGGCUUAUCAAGAAGGGAUGGGCGCGACCGUUAAAAUCGUCAUCUAUGAACUUGUAG